AUGGAGAGACAGUGUAGGAGCACACAACAUGUAUCACGCACAGUGGCUAUUUCUUGAGCUUGAGAUUCCCUUACCCUCACCCCUUACAUUACCCUCCUUUUAUUACAUGUGCCUUUAACACUAUUUUGUCAUGGGUGACACAACGUCUGAGGGGUCCGUUUCUAAUUUAUGGGAAGACAUGAGUAAUGAGGAUGAUUUAUUGAAUGCGGAGCAUGAGAGUGGUGAUGAGUUAUGGGAUGAUUCAAAUGUAACAGACGAUCAGCUAGUAAAUCAUGUAGAUCAGUUCGAAGGUGAACUCGGGAUGGGGGUAGAUUAUAGAAGGUUUUAUAAUCUGCGACGAGUCAAUGAACGGCGCAUGAAAAAAUUUUCUACUGUAAACACGGACUAUCAGCUCACGUUCUCCCAUUUAGAAAAUAGAAGUUUAAAUUCUAUGAUCCCCUUCCUACGUGAGCUUUUCCAAAACAUAUUUGACGACUUAGUGCAGAACAUGCUUCCUCAUGAUUUGGUCAGAAUUGUCUUGCAAUCUGACACGUUAGAGUAUCCCAUAUCAAUAGCGUUCACGAGGGUAUCUGAAUUUACAGUGGAUCUCUUUUUGGACGAAUUGAUAAGAGUAUUACAGUCUCACGAGGAGUUAAGACUUGACGCAUCUAUUAUUUUAACUGUGUGUCAUGUCAGUAUGCCACGCCCUGGUGGAGCAAGAUUAAAACGAGGGUCUAUGGGUAUGCAGAGCUUUCUCCACGCAAAGCGUUCAGUCAUCCAAAUACAUAACGGGGCGGGAGAUCAGUUGUGCUUAGCGCGUGCAUUGGUUGUAGCUAUGGCCAAAGCAGAUAAUGACCCCGAAUAUGCAACAAUCGUUAAUAAGCGCUGUCGUGAACAAUUAGAAAGAGCCCAAGACUUGCAUACAAGAGCUGGAGUACCGUUAGGUCCUUGUGGUGUCCCUGAAAUUAAACAGUUUCAGUCAUAUUUGAGUAAUUAUCAAAUAUCUGUGUUUUCUGGAGAUCACUUUAUGAGUUUAAUUCAUAAAGGGCCUUCAGCUUUGAAGGAACUGUUUUUAUUUUACCAUAAGGGGCAUUAUGAUGUCAUAACGUCGAUAACAGGUUUCAUGGGUAGGGCCUACUAUUGUACGGAAUGCAAUAUAGGUUUUGAUCACAUGGGUGACCAUUCGUGCGAAAAAUAUUGCGAGAGGUGUAAAAGGGAUUCGUCAUGCAAGUUUGAAACAUGGCGUCAUUGCGAUCAGUGUAGCAGAAAUUUCCUCUCUGACAGCUGUUUUAGAAAUCAUACACUUGUACCCGAACAAGGUAGGUGGUCAACCUGCCGACGAUUUACUCUUUGUAAAAAGUGCACUAAAUUUGUCGAUCAUAAAAGGGAGAAUAAACAUGUGUGUUACACUUACAAGUGCAAGUCAUGUAAUAAGUACGUCAAAGACGGUCACUUAUGUUACAUGCAAAUUGAUAGAGAUGACCGUGAUGUGGAUGAUGACGAUUUACUUAUGUAUAUCGAUGAGAAUCCUGCUGCCAAUUUCAUUGGUAAGUUCAAACCUGGUUCAAAACGCCCUUUCAUAUUUUUUGAUUUUGAAGCGCAGCCAUCGCAUGUUCAUACCCCUAAUCUAGUGGUUGCUCACAGGGUAUGUCAUCACUGUCUAAAUUUAGACGUAACCCCCACUAGUACAUGUGAGCUAUGUGGCAAAAAUGAACAUGUGUUUAAGGGGCCCUCGUGUGUUGAUGAAUUUUGCAAAUGGGUAUUUGAAGAUCAGAGUUUUGAACGUGCACAAGGUAAAAGGAAAAGGAAAGGAAAAAACAAAGGAGGUCGCAGUAAACGAAUGAAUCCUGGAACAUCGUCAUGUUUUGAUGGUGAUGAGUAUGAAUGUGAGAAUAACGAGGAGGAUAUGAUCAUACAUAAUGGGGCUAUAUUGUUGGCACACAACAUGUCUGGUUAUGAUGGUUUUUUCCUCUUAAAAUGGCUCAAAGACCAAUGUAUCGUUCCCGAUGUGAUAUUACGAGGCGCCAAGGUGCUUUCUAUUAAGGUGGGCGAUAUAACCGUUCUUGAUUCUUACAGCUUCCUCCCCAUGGCACUCAACAAACUUCCCGCUGCAUUUGGUCUAGAUGAAUCCCUGUCAAAGGGCUACUUCCCCCACUUCUUUAAUACCCCUGAAAACCAAGACUAUAGGGGUAAAAUGCCCGCCACUAAUUUUUAUGGCUCUGAUUCAAUGUCUACCGGUGCGAGAGAGCGGUAUAGGGCGGAGCGUGACAAUGUCUUUAUACAGCAUGCUCAUAAUCAGGGAGAAAAGAAAAUAGGAAAGUUUGUCGUUGAUGGUUGGGCGUCAACAACUAACACUGUCUACGAGUAUCAGGGGCGUUUUUGGCAUGGGUGUCCAAAAUGUUACAACAGUUACAAUAUCAACAAUGUCAGUUUGAUAACAAUGGGUGAGUUGCUAGAAAGGACGGUGGAUAAGAAGCAGUGUUCUUAUUUACGGCGUCCCAAUAUGUAA